AUGGCCGAGGCGGUUGCCAAGGAGAGAGCAUUGGAUGCGACGGUCAACGUGGUAAGGGUCCAGCACAAGAAGGGCCAUGCCAUCCUCGACCACGGCGAGGAGUCGCCUGCUGGCAUCAGGCCUGACCAGUUGCCCCUGUGCGAUUUCACAGAAGGCGGCAGCGAAGUAAGGCACGCCGUGGACAUCAUCUCCGAGCACGUCGGCGAAGCCCCAAAAGACGACAUUCGCGAGUGCCUGGGCAGACAGAACCCUGCCUACGGCGAGCUCCCGGAACCUUUCCGCUUGAAGGACACGGGUGGCGUCUCGUACCACAUGUCUAUAUUCGCCAUUCCCCUCGAGGGCGGCAAAUUCGCGGCGGUCAAGGUGAUCGAGAUGGCGGAAAAGCAAGAGAAGGGCUUCUUGAAGGGCUUGUGCGUCGGAACGCCCCAAAUGAUCAGUUGGGGCGAGAUUGGCGGGUCGAACGCCCAUCACAACCUCAAGGCCUUCCAAUGCAUGAUCGAGGGGCUGGGCGGCUUUCAAGCCCGCGCGCUCGGGUUGGCCCCCUCCUCAAAGGAGGGGGGCGAACUCGACGAAGACGCCAUCGAAGCAGGCUUCGAUUACAUUUACGACGAGGGCCCGCGGCACACGGAGAAGCUUACCCAGCUGAAGUGGAUCGCCAAGAGGACCCGCAAGCAGGCGAACUGCCCGAUCGCUGGGUGGCGCGACGGGCUGGCGAAGGAGGCGUUACGCCAGCUCGCGCAGGCCGACGCCUUUGCGGCCGCGCAGACUUUCUUCGGCAUGACAAUGGCGGACUACGAGAUGUACAUGGUAGACUUGGGGGCGCGCCUGGUGGCGUCGAGGAAGCUCAAGGGCAAUUUGUGCCUGGGCAAAGCUGGGAUCGGAAAGUCCCCAUACAUCAAGUCUCUCACGAUGCGCCUCAGCCACCAGGCGCGCAUCGACGCGACGGGGCGCACCGAGGAAGCACUCAACGGAUCGUACCGCGUGUGCUCUGAGAUGGAUCUCUUCAGGGGUCGCCCUGGGCUGGUUGACACGCCCGACAUCUUCGACGACGGCGACUCUUCCACCCGGCGCCCCAGAGUUCUCAAGGCUUUCGGUGACAUUGCGUCAGCGGAAGCGGGGGCCGUGGCGCGGUGGACUGGGCGUCGGCGGGCCAAGGGUCAGCCCAGAGCGUUGCUGGGCAACAAGUACGACCAGCGCGUAGAGCCUGGCCCGCAAGGGGCCCCCAGCUCCAAGAACGGCGCCGAGACCAUCACGCAUGAGCAGCUCAUGUCUUUGAUCCGCCCAGCCUGGCCAAUCGACAUGCUGUUUCCAGACCAGGUGGCCGUUCUCAAGCGCAUCAACUUCGUCGUGCAGACUGACCUCUGGCUCUACAUUCGGUUUGCGACAGAGGAUGAGGUGCCUGCUCACAAGUUCCCAGUGCCCGAGAAGCGGACGUGGAUCCGCAAGACCAGCGGACCCAAGUUCGGCGCCAUCCUCGAGGGGGCGGCGGGCGUGCCCGACGGGCACAAGCCCAUCGGCCCGACGUGGACUAGGAGCGACGCCCCGCUCGACGUCAGCCAAGCCGCAGAAGCGUUCAACGACAAGCAGCGCGUGACCGAGUUCCUCCGCGAUGAGCACCGCGAGGCGUCGCCCGACCCUUUCGCGGAUGGCUUCAGGUGCGACCGCCGCGGGGCUGACAGCGACGACUGCGAGGGCGAUGAGGAUGAUGAUCCGCUGCGCGGGACCCUCUCGCAGGAGCUCGAGCGGCUGCGGGGUCUCCACUUGGCGGGCGCCAUCGCGCUCGUGGAGUUCAACUCCUUGAAGAAGAGCGCGAUCGGGGAGCUCGCGCCCGCCAAGAAGGAGAAGGGCAAUGCCAAGCAGGAGCGGGCGCGCCGCACGCCGAUCAAGAAGGUCCCCGCAGGCGCGACCAUCAAGGGGGAGCCCGCGGGCGCGCCCGCGUCCGCGGGCGGCGUCACUGCUUCGCCCGUGGACAAGGAGACGAUGAAGGCGAUCUUCCCAGGCGUCGUGGCGAUCGACUCGGAUUCGGACUGA